AUGGCCAUUAUUAAGAUAAAGAAACCGAGGGAUCCUAACCAAGUUGACGUUGUUGAGCCUAAACUGAAAAAGAUUCGUAUUAAGACAAAGUCUAGUGACAGGAAGGCUGGAUCCCCUGCAGUUGGAACGCCCAAAAUAAAGAUUAAUCUAAAGUCAAACGAAAAGCCUUCGGCAGGAAUUAAAGUAAAACUAAAUCUUAAGAAAGGAAAUAAUGAGAACGGUACAGAAACCCCGAAACUGAAAGCACCACGGUUAAGAUUAAAACCUAUUAGAGUGCCUGGAGAUGGAUAUGACUCAGAGGCAUCAGAUAUUGAAGAUGACCCUUUGAUUGAAUCAGGUAUAAUUCUAAGGGUUCAACCAGAUAUACAAAUAGAAUUUAUAAGGAACUCUAUCGAAUCAGGAGAUUAUUCUGGUAUUAGUAUAAAAUGGAAAGGAGAUAGACAUGCAAUUGUAUCGAUAAAUGAUGUAAUGUAUGGUGCAAUUUUGGUGGAUUUACCAACAAUAGUAGAAGUAAACAAGAGUGUUGAUAGAAAGAAUUUAUUAAAGACAUUCGAUGUUGACCAGAUGUUACUCUGUGUUCAAGUAAUAGAAAAGGAGGAAGACGUAUUUCUUUUAGAACCUCACAAUACAGAAGAUAUAGUAUCGAAGCAUUAUGAAGGCAUACAGGAUGAAAUAAAUGAAAACAAAAAAACAUUUUUCAAGAGUCAGCAUGGUAAUCAAUUAAGUGAAGUAGAACAAAAAUUUAUUCAACAGAUCACCCAGAAGAACUACGACUACACAAGUGGGUUAACACCCCCAUUAUACAACGUAAGAAAUAGGAGAUUUAGAAGGAAAAUGGCACCCGCCGAGUUAGAUUAUGUGGAUAGAACUGUAGAAAUGUUACUCAAACAGGAUGAAGGCUCAGAAGAAGUAAAUUAUGAAUUGAUCGAUCCAAGCCAAGUAUUACCUAAGACUACAAGUUCGAUGACUCUAGUAGCUGAUAUGGAAACUACCGGACCAGCUGUACAUUCUCCUAAUGGUUUGGGUGGUGAUGAAGAAGACGAAUUAGACUUAGAUGCUGCAUUCCAAAGUGAUGAGGAUGAAACUUCGGGACAAAUUAACAAACUUGAUGAUGUUUUGGAAGGAGAUGCACAACAAUAUUCUGACGCAGAAAUAGAUAACGAUGUUGAAGACGAAGACGAUGAUGAAGACGAAGACGAUGAUGAAGACGAUGACGAAGACGAAACAGGUGAAAAGGAUGAAAGUAGGCAGCAUACUAAGUUAUUGGAAGAUGAACUUCGUGAGUUAGAAUCGACAUUAUCACACACUAAGAAGAAAUCCCAAAAGGUUACGAACCCUCUACUAAAAUCAAGAUUUCUUGAUAGUAUUAAAAAACUUGAAAAAGAAGUUGAAUUAAAGAAAAAACAAUUAAAAGUCAAUGAGGAACCAGUUAAGGGAUCUGAAACUCGUGAAGAAAACGAUAACGAAGAAACAAAUGAAAACAACGAGGAAGAUUUGGAUGAUGACGCCGACGAUGAUGAUCAGGACGAUGAUGAUCAAGAUGAUGAUCAAGAUGAUGACGACGGUGAUGAAGAUGUCCUGGAAGAUGCAGGGGAACAAAUCGAUGAUGAGAAACAGGAUAAUCAAGAAGAAACAGUUGAUAAUCAAGAAGAACUAGAUCAAAAUGAUUUGGACAUGAUGAUGUUAUUUGGUGCCGAAGGCGAUGAUGCUGAUGAUGAUUAA